AUGGAAAAACCUGCUUUAUACCCUGAUUGUAAUUUUUCUAUUUGGUUUCGUUCUGUGAAUGAAAAUAAUGUUACUGAAACUCCUCUUGAAGGAAGAAAAACAGGAGUAAUUCCUGAUUGGAUCCAUGGUAGUUUUUAUCAAAAUGGACCUGGCCUAUUCUAUACCACAGGGAAACGUGUUCCGCAUCUAUUUGAUGCUUUCGCACUCAUACAAAAGUUCACAAUUGAACAUGGCCAUGUUACUUAUCAAAAUCGAAUUCUUCAAUCGAAUUCGUAUAAAAAAGCAUAUCAGACUGGUCGAUUAUGCUAUUCAGAAUAUAGUACUUCAACAACUGAAGAUAAAUCCAUGUCAUCAUGCAAGAGAUAUGAAGCAGGAUCUACAUUGAGUUGGAUUUUUACACGAAUUCAAAAUCUUAUUAAUUACGAAAAUGAUUUUCGAACAGAUAAUGCAAUGAUUACUAUUUUCCCCUAUCAAGUCAAUGAUGAUAAAGUAGCAUUGUUUGCUAUGACUGAGACUCCGACCAUGCAUGAAAUAGACCCAAAAACAAUUGAAACACGUUCUACGUUUAAUGUCAGUGAACAUGUACCUAUUUUUUCUCAUUGUGCUCAUCCUGUUAUUCUUCGUGAUGGUACAAUACUUAAUGUUGGUUUAGCAGCAAGUUUCAUGGGCAUGAAUUAUGUUUUAUUUGAAUUUCCCGGUUCUUCAAAGUUAAACAGUGAAGAUAAUAUGAUGAUGCAAUGUAGAACAUUAGCAAAAAUUCCAUGUCGUUGGCCAAUUAAUCCAUCAUACAUGCAUACAUUUGCUGUUACCGACAAUUAUAUUAUUCUUAUUGAGCAAUCGUUAUGCAUAUCGUUGACUCAAAUGGCUCAUCUUACAAUAACACGUGGUCCAUUGGUAGAUGCGCUUGUUUGGUAUGAGAAUGAACCGGUUCGAUUUCGCCUUGUCAAUCGUCAAUCAAUGGCUGAAUAUAAUGAAUAUAUAUAUUUAACAAAAGCAUUUUUUUAUCUCCAUAUAAUUAAUGCUUAUGAAGAUAACAAUCAUGUAGUUCUAGAUAUUUGUACUUAUGAUACUCCUGAUAUGCUUAAAUGCAUGAUGAUAGAAGCACUUGAAAAUGCUCAACAAAACCCCGACUAUUUAAAACAAUUCACUAGUAGACCAAAACGAUUUGUCUUACCUAUUUCAGUCAAAUACGAAAACGGAAAUUUAAAUAGCUUAAAUUAUACGACAUGUCAUGUUAAAUUUCUGGAUAAAAAAAGUUUAUGGAUUCAACCAGAAAUAAUCAUUGAUAUAGGCUGUGAAUUACCUCAAAUAGAUAAUUUUAGAUUUUAUGGAAAAUUUUAUCGAUUUUUUUAUGGAAUCAAUACUGAUAUUGAUUAUCAAUACUGCGGAGCAAUAAGAAAAAUUGAUGUUCUUUCGAAAACAGACAAGUUUUGGCAUGAAACCGGUUGUUAUACGUCAGAGCCGAUUUUUCUACGAAAUCCUUUGAAUGACACUGAAGAAGAGGAUAACGGUGUUUUAAUUAUGUCAUUGCUACGGAAUAGCCGUGAACAUGAAGUGAGUCUACUUGUGCUUGAUGCGCGAGAUAUGACAGAAAUUGGACGUGUUCAAUUUGAUACCAAUGGUCCUGCACCUAAAAGUCUUCAUGGCCUUUGGAUUGGUUCAGGAAUGAAAUUCACACAAUAA